AUGCAGACGGUGGUGUACGAGUCGAUGCGGGUGCCCCUCGGGGUGUGGAAGGCGGCGAUCUCGAAUUUGGCCACCACCACGGGCGCGAGGAGGCUGCUGCCGCAGAUCGCCUCCAAGACCGUGGUCGUGCACGGUGCAGGGGAUACGCUCAUGAACGAGCAGAAUCAGCUGGAUCUCCUGCGCCUUCUGCCCGCCGGCACUCUGUACCGCGAGAUUCAGCACUCAGGCGGGCCGCCUCGUCGGCAGCUGCCGCCGGGAAGGGCAGCGCUGGCCUCCCACAAUGGCGGCCUGCUCGGCCCUCUCCGCUGGCAGCUCGACCACCGCGCGGUCAUCGAGUGUGUCGUCGCUGCCGCGUGUCCGCUGGGCGCCGCCGCCCACGACACGCAGCAUCAUGCGGCGACGGACGGUGGGCCCAUCCCGAGGGAUAGGUUCACCGCCGCGCCGAAGACCGCUACAGUGGCCCAGCUCCCGGCGCGGGGCGAGCCGCCCAGCAGCAGCGCCGCUCGGCACCGCGCCGGCAGACGCUCCCGCUCCCGCUCCUCGAUGCUGUCGCGGGUGCGGCGAGCAGGACUGCGACGGGGCGCGUGA